ACUGUCAUGAGCAAUAAACAAGGGUUCAUCCGAUACAUGAGCCGAGAAAGCUGUGAUGGUGUGUGCAGCUGCUGUUGUGGUGGUGUAUAGAAAGGAAAGGAAAGGAAAGGUGUGAGAGGAUACGUGAUACAAGUUUUUUUUUUUUGUUGUUUUCUCUUUCUUUCUUUCUUUCUUUCUUUCUCUUUCCCUCUUCUCUUUUCUCACGUCAUAUCGUUCUUUCCUGUCCUUGUAAAUACUACUUUGUCUUUCUCCUUACGCACCGGCCCUUUUCCUUUCUUUUUUCUCAAAGAUAAGCCUUUUUGGAUUUUCAUGGAUGAUAAAUCCAAAGACACGGUCUCGCUCAGCGUCCCUGACUCGCAAGACGAUUCGGCACUGCUGAAAAAAGAAGCUGGUCUUACGCCUCCUCCAGAGUUGACUGUCAGCAGACCUGCUACUGUUGCUCCCACAACAACAACAACAACGGCAGGAGCAGGAGGAGGAGGAGGUCGACCGAAACUCAACACCAUUCACAGCUCAGACGCCUCUCGAUUCAUGACACUCGAACGAUUGCAACAGAACAUGUCCCUCAAGUCACCCGGGAACAAAAAGGAGUCGUUGCAAGAGCAGCAACAACAGCAACAGCAACAGCAACAGCAACAACCACAGCAGCAACAAAAUCAAGAGCGUCAACUGACUAUUGAAACUGCAGUGUUUCCAGAACAACAACCGAUGUUUUCGCAUAAUGAAAAAACCAGGCGUCAUGGUGGCAGCGGGUCGCAGGUAGUUUCGCAUGAUGAAAACUUUACUGAAACGCAAACCAAAAUUAAUGCAAAAACACGGGUAUGGUUGUAUGUGGGGUUGAUGGUAACAAUUCUUUGACACGAAAAGCGUGCGAUCUGGCAGUGAAUCGACUCGGGCACCACAUCAAACCACCACUAAACGCAAUAGACGACGGCCUCAUAAAUCCAUGAUCAAGCCGACUGAGAUAUUUGCACAAAACUUGAGCGACGCUGUUCUGGAUGCAAAUGGUAAACUUCGGGAUGAUAAGACUCGGA